CAUCCUGUACAACACAAAGCGCUUCGCUUCCCCUACUGGCUGCCCAGCCUGUACUUAUGGCCCCGGACUGUCGGCGUGUCCCUGGAACGAACGUCUUCUCUCACUCCACAUCGCAGCCAUGCGCGUACGAAGAUACGAUGCCACCCUUGGCAGGACCGACACCGGCCGAUAUGAGGAGCACGAGUAUGAGGUACAUGGCACUGUAGCGAGCUGCUACCUCGAGAUACCUCGAGAAAGACCUAGCUAUCUCUGUGAGUUUCACAACGCCACAGACUGUGACGUCCGUGUCUUCAUGUCGGCAUCGGGGUAUGGCCUGUGCAACUCGAAUCACUUCCGCCCCUGGGAGCGUGGGUGCAUCAACCAGUCGCCGGACCCGAACGAGGUGGAUCUGCGGGCCAACGGCCGGGGGAAAGACGUCAAGCUGGCGCCAGUCCGGCUGCCUCCGGAUAACCCUCACUUCGCAGCACACCGGGGCAUAGUAGAAAUCCGCGUCUUCAAGGUCGCGCCACUCACACAAUCAGAAAACGGCGAGAGCACCAGUGGACAGCCCUCCGCAUCUGCCGCGCCAGCGCCAACACCGUGGUUCGUCUCUCCCGAAGUAUGGGCACACCCGGACGCCGUCUUUCAAUUCGUGAUCGCGGAUGCGGGCCUCCCAUUGCACCACGAAAGACACCCACCCUCUGCGGCGACUAUGGCGCGCGCUAGGACAUUAUGCUCCUCGACGCUGCCUGUCUGCCUACCUCCGUUCGUUGCUUUGAGGUCGCCUUUGCAGCCCACACCUCGUCCUCCGCAACCGGAACCUCUGCCUGUGCCCGAGAUAUGGCGCCCCGCUCCCUUUCUACCUGCGCCAGUCCCUCACCAACUCCUCUCUCACUCACGAGCGCAACGCCACCCCAACCGUGGACUCAGAGUCACUACCGACCUCGGCGCUCGGGGGCUCAUCAGUGGCGCUCAGGCUCGUCCAGGAGUCGGCUACGCCGAAGGACGACCCCCGCAAGGCAGUGCGGUCGCUGGCGAGCCUACGCAAGCCCACGGACGCGCGGCCCUUGUGGCGCGGUUCUACGAGACCCAAAUGCGGCGGGACGCGGUGCGAUCUCAAGAACGUAUGCGGAAUCACCGGUUCAGGACGCUUGGCCUAUGAAUCAUGCGCUAUUUUGUUCGAUGUAUGCUACCCUUCGCAUGUUUUGUUAUGCGACCUACGAUAUGUACGCCCUUGUGAGGUCCCAUCAGAACAUACCGUGUUCUUCUCUGCCGUGCCUCCGUACUCUCUCCGCGAGGAUUCCUCAGUGACUCCUCGUGCUACCUUGUUCUUGACGCCACCGUCACCACUGGUGGUGAACUGGAAUUCUUAGAAGGUCGCCAAGCACAUGCACACUGU